ACACGAGUGAGAAAACACACCGGGCUGGUGACAGCAAAACAGGAACAGAAAUUCUAACAUCAUCAUUAUCUUCACUGGAGAUGUGUCUGCCUGUGGACAGCACUAUGUGUCGCAGACUGACUAUGAAAACAUGAAAUCUGAGAUAGUGGACUUGAGUUUGGCUUACAAGUGUACACUUAUAUGGCUGGCAGGGACAGCAAACUACAUGUUUUGGAUACGAGAAGCACACAGAGUUUGACACCUGAACAGUCCCAGAGAGUUGGCCAGCAUGUCAUCCAACUCCACAGCCGAUAAUCUGUGUGCACCGGACGACACCCUCUGUACAUCUUCAUAUCAGCCUCUUUUCUUUACCUCUACUUUGACAACCAGGGCCCAAAAUGAAUACGCACCAAGCUCCAAAGUUGUAAGAGAGCAUGAACAGGCGGUGAUCAUCGUCCCUACACUGCUCCUCCUGGCCACCCUGGUCACCUUAUUGGUCCUGUGCUUAAUGAGGUAUUGUCCUGAACGGAAGCAGAAACGGAUCACAGCCCCUCAACGCUACCACAGCUCAUCGCACAGACACAAACAAAGGCACAGCCACAGACUUCACCUACAAGGCAUUGAUGCACCCCCAGGGAUAAACCCACUGGAACAUGAAGAGCUGCCAAUGUCAGUUCAACAGGUGCAGCAGAACGUCAGGCCAACUCAACUGGUUGCAGUACCACAGAUGUCCACCGAGAGGCAUCAUGGAGCCUUCAGCCAGGUCACUGCCCUACCACUGUCCUUCUCCAUCAAGCCUAAUGACUCAGUCAGCCUCUACAGAGCCCGCAUGGACAACAGGGAUGUCAUCCUGAGGGUGCUAAAAGAAACAGCAAACAGCAGUGAUAAGCAGCACUUUUUGGGUUUCGCUUCCUUCAUGUCAGGACUGGGGCCACACCCUUUCAUACCCGUGCUGCUGGGAGUGGUUUCAGUUCAGUCGCCCCUGAUGAUGGUUGUGGAGGAGCUGCAGCACAGAGACCUGUUAGGGUACCUGUGGAGAUGUCGACAGGAUAACUCAGGUUCAGAGGCUUCAUGUGACAUGACUGAGAAUAGGAUCUUCACCAUGGCAGGACAAGUGGCUUCUGCUCUGGAGUACCUGCACAGUCAGCGCUGCAUCCAUGGCAACGUGGCAGCUCACAGCGUCCUGGUUGGUGGAGAUCUGACAGCGAAACUGUGGGGAUUGGGCUCGGCAUACCGCAGGAGAACUCAGCCCCAUUCACCGGGGGCAAUAGAGGACAUGGAGAUGAGGAAGUGGCAGGCACCUGAAGUGCUGAGCAGGGGAGCAGUCAGUCAGAGCAGUGAUGUAUGGUCCUUUGGUAUCCUGCUCUAUGAAAUGGUCUCACUGGGUGACCCACCGUUUGCUCAGAUCAUGGCGACUGAACUUCUGCAAUAUCUACAAAGAGGAAAGCAUCUGAAACGGCCGCCCACCUGCUCCAACUCACUGUACUCCAUCAUCAAAUCCUGCUGCCACUGGAACCCAGAACAUCGUCUGUCAAUGUUGGAGCUAAUUAGGAAACUUCAGGCGGGAGAGAAAUCAGCCAAUGGGAGGACAGUUCUCAGAGUGCCGGAACCACUGGACAUCGAGAAAUACCUGAGGGAGGCGGGAUAUGGAGAGGCGUACAACUAUGCGGUGCUCUGAUUGGCUGAGAGGGCCAUCAGUCAGGACUACAUUGACGCUGUUUGUUUAGUUUUAUACUUGUUUGUAAUGUUUUGGACACUAAAGCACACUCACUUUAUAUGUUUAAAGAUUAAUAUAUGGAUUGUAAAUAUUUCUAUAUCUGUAAACUAUAAAAGACUAUAAAAGAAAGGAUGCAUGUUUUUAACUGUAACUGUUAAUAUGUUACAGAGCGAAGGGACCAUAAUACUGCACUAGGGCUGCUUCAUUUCCAUUACUUUUUGUUUGGAACCAGCUUGAACUGCAGGUUUUUGCAUCAUUUCACAUUUUGCAUGAGGUCAUGUAUUCAUAUGUA